GUUGCCGGGGCAACGAGAGGCCUGGCGGCUGACGCGAAGCCCAGGAAGACAGUGGAAGGAGCCUGGAGCGGGAUCAAAGGAAAGGGGCUGCUGUUGGGGAUUUGGGCGGGCUUGAGGGGAAAGAGACAUCUUCCACUUCCACCAUGUUCCUGCAGGUGGAGGAAAUGAGAAGCAGGAAAAAGUUUUAAUGUUUUUUCGAGAAGAUAAACAGUAACUGUUCAAACCAGUGUACCACAAAUAGAUUUGCCAUUGAAGCACCAUGGAUGGUGUAAUGAAAGAAUGUGAAUAAGCUCCACAGAAGAGUGGAUAAAGACAGAGGGAUCACAAACACAACUUAGUACAAUGACCUACUGUAUCACAUGUAAAUAUUUGUCAUCGUAAUGAUCAUAGAGUGAUUACGACCACCAAGAAGAAAUAACCAGAGAUUAAAAUUAUAGUCAAAUGACACAUGUUCCUUACUGGAAUGUCCACUCUCCACCCCCAUUUUUCAUGGUCUGAGUCCAAAGGGAACUCUGAGAUGGAGCUAAAACGGCAAUUAGAAAGAUGUUUGAGGGCAGGGUCAAGAACAGUUCGAGUUACAGAAUUUGAUUGGCAAAGUCAGCUAAAUCCAAGUCCAUCCAUUAAAGAAGAGGAGGAACAAAUUGUGGAUGAAUAUCUUUCUCCUGAUAAGUUGAGAACACUGACAGGGUUAGAUGAUCUGCAACAAGUGAGGGUCCUAGAAAUGCGUGUCGAUACAAAAGAGAACAGCCUGGGAAACUUUGGUACUUAUCUCCCUAAUCUAAAACAUCUGAAACUGAACCAUAGUAAGAUUACAUCUGUGAGGGAUCUUGGAACAGCUCUGACUCAUCUCAAAGUCCUGUGGAUGGCUUGCUGUAGGCUUCCAGAUUUAGAUGGGAUCUCUUCCUGUUGCUCUUUGAAGGAACUCUACAUAGCCUACAACAACAUUGCUGACCUAAGUCAAGUGAGCCUGCUGGAACAUCUUGAGGUUCUAGACCUUGAAGGAAACAACAUUGAAGAUCUCAGUCAGAUUCAGUAUCUGGGGCUCUGUGCAAAAUUGUCUACUCUUACACUGGAGGGAAAUCUUAUAUGCUUGAAACCUAGUCCCCAAUCUCCAGAGGUGUGUGUCCCAGAUUACAACUACAGAGCUGAAGUGAAAAAACUCAUUCCUCAUUUAAAAUGUUUGGAUGAAAUACCAGCAGAUCAAACAGAUUUACCUUCCCCAUGCAAGAUGAAUGAGGAAUGGUUCUUUGUCAAGACAUCAAUCAAAGAAGGAAAUUUACUUGAUCAGGCUUCUGAGUCUGAUUCAGAAUCUAUACCAAGUUGGCUCUGUUCUUCUGUGAAGCUUCCUGUAACACAGUUCCCCAUAGCUUCCAGACCUCAGACUGGACAAAGACCUCCCACUGCCCGUUUACUUUUUGGUUGUAGCACUCUCCUAGAGCCGACUGUUUGUGAGGAAGGCCUGCCUGAAGAUGAUUCCAGUGAUUUGACUCAUGGUAUCAACAGAGUCAUAUGUGGGAACCCCAUCAAAGCUCUUCAUGCACGAAGACAAAAGCUGGGACCUACGGUAGCAGACCUGAUCCAGCCACCACAUCCUUUAUCUGAACACAGCCAAAACUCUGAAGAGACGGAUUGCAUGAAUGGGAAAGACCUCUCUGCUGACCUAGAAGCCUCAGGAAAGCAUCCUUACCAACAUCUGCAAGCUUUCCAAAGAGAGAAGUCACCACAAAUACUAAAAAUAACACACAGUGAAGAGGAGAAAGAGGAGGGAGAACAAGACUGCAACUUCAAUGACAGCACUAAAGAAGAUAAGAAAGAAACCAUUAAGGACAUCAUGGAAAUCACAUCAUCCAAUUCCUCCUCUCAGUCCCUUUGUUCUCAUUCGUCAACAGAUUCAUCUGAUGUCCCAGAAAAUGCAGUACCCACCAUUGUAAAGCAUACCCUCACACCCUCUCCUCCAAAAUGUCCCUCCCCUGCAUCUAUACGGAGUAUAAAAGGUGGACUUGUCGGAGCCAGACACCUGAAGGUACCCCACUCAAAAAAGGCAGCUCAGCUAAAGCCACAGUCUCCGUCACUUAUGAACAGGAAUGCAGUGCAUCAUGUAGUGGAGAAGAUUGGUGUGCUGAAUCUCCAUAGAGGAACUGAUACCUCCUGUAAUGUUGUUAGACAGAGGUGUAGUAAGACUUGUGGCACUGGCAGCAAUAGUCCCAGCUCAGGAGCAGUAGAAGUGGGAACAACAAACAACAGAGCUAUUUUGGAUGGUGACUUCAAUGGCAUGAUAAAUAUGCAUCAACCUGUUGUCCAGUCAUGCCUAAGAAAACCAAGGCAAUUUUCAGUACUGAAUGUUGCCCGCCCUCUGACUACCACGGCUACCAUGCAAAGCUUGCCAAAAAAGCCAGAUAUGUCAAUGACAACUCAAAGCAAUACUCCAAGUUUUUAGGAAAUGCCCUGAGCAGCUGUGCAAAUAUUGUUGCCAAAUCAGAAGCAUUCAGUCUGUUUCUGUGCUUCCCAUCCUCUGAUCAG